AGAUAAAUAUUUAUUUUUUCAGAUUUGACUGAUAUGGGCAUAUUCCGAGGAGUAGAGCGCGGAGGCGGUGGAGAUCGAGGAGGUUUCCGGGGCAGAGGGAGAGGAGGUGUUGGAGAUAGAGGAAGAGGAGGGUUCGGAGACAGAGGAAGAGGCGGUUUCCGUGGCUCUGGUGACAGAGGCGGAUUCAGAGGCAGAGGUGGCGAUCGUGGCGGGGGUUUCCGAGGACGAGGGGGAGAUAGAGGCGAUCGUCGUGGUGGCGGUGGUGGUUUCCGAGGACGUGGGGGAGGCAGAGGCGGUGGACGGGGAGGACCAGGAGCUGGUAAAGCGCACGUAGAGCCACAUCGGCACCCCGGAGUUUUCAUCGGCAAAGGAAAAGACGAAGUUGUCUGCACUCGCAAUCUUGCACCAGGAGUUGUUGUAUAUGGGGAGAAAAAAAUUGAGAUAUCAGAUCCGACAACAUCCGAAAAAACUGAGUACAGAGUGUGGAACCCUUUCCGAUCAAAGCUGUGUGCGGCUGUCAUCAACGGAGUAGAGAAUAUCCACAUGGCGCCUGGUAGCAAAGUGCUUUAUCUGGGCGCUGCCUCCGGAACGACAGUGAGUCACGUGAGUGACAUUGUCGGAGAGGAAGGCAUGGUUUUCGCAGUAGAGUUCAGUCACCGCAGCGGUCGAGAUCUGCUGGACAUGAGUCAGAAACGAACCAACGUGGCGCCGAUCGUGGAGGAUGCCAGACAUCCCCUGAAGUACCGUAUGUUGGUACCAAUGGUCGAUUGCAUCUUCGCUGAUGUUGCUCAACCGGAUCAAGCUCGAAUUGUGGCUCUCAACGCACAUCAUUUCCUUAAAAACGAAGGACACGUUGUUGUUAGUAUCAAAGCCAACUGCAUAGACAGCACUGCACCAGCCGAAGCAGUAUUCGCCGGCGAGCUUCAGAAGUUCAAGGCCGAACAGAUCAAACCCAUCGAGCAAGUGACGCUUGAGCCUUACGAGAGAGAUCACGCAGUCAUCGUCGGCCAGUACAGGUCUCCAAACAACCCUAAGGCCAACAAGUAGAGAUAGAAACUCAAUCCCUCUAAAGUCCUUUUCUCUGCGAUACUCAUCUGCUGUGCAGUUUUAACUGUAGCUUUGUUUUUGAAAUUAGAAACCAUGGACUUAAUGCUCUCCUUUUGUUGUUAUUUAUUUUGGUGGAUUUUAAAGUGACCAUGUAAUGUAUGCUCUCCAUACCAUGCCCACAGUCUACGACCUGGAAUACUCGGAACUUCUACAGACUUCAAUCUUGACGCGCAGCCUCUCACUCCUCUCAGUGACCCUUCUGGAGACGGGAGGGAAACAAAGGAUAACAAGUGGCUUCAAAAAGCUGCAGUUUGGUCUAUUGUUUUUGUUCGAAAUCUCUGAUUUGUGUUGCAACCUGUUUUACAGAUUCUCGUUGAAUUUUUUGAAUAUUUGAUCAGAACAAUACAUUUCGGAGAUCA